GAGUCGUUAAGCUCGGACAAGACAAUUCUCUCUCUCUCUCUCUCUCUCUCUCUCUCUCUCAGCGUCCUUCAUCACUUCUCCUUCCUUCUCUGCAUCAGAGAAUCAAUUCUUCCCAUCAAAGUCAACCGGAAAUCGUCGUCGGCGGCGUCAUCUUCUUGUUGUUGUUUUCUCCCACAGAAUGUCGGGCUUUCACGGCCACUCCCAGCCCCCCGCCAUGGCCGUUCUCGACCAGCUGCUGAGACAGUACGUGGAGUACAUGGAGAGUCUCCGCCGGGAGUCGAUCCUGGACGAUCAGUUCACGCAGCUACAGAAGCUGCAGGAUGAGAGCAACCCUGAUUUCAUCGAUGAAGUGAUCACUCUCUUCUUCCAAGAUUCAGAAAGACUGAUUUGCAGUAUGGGAACAGCCUUAGCAAAGAGAAAUGUGGACUAUAAACAGGUGGACGAUGAUGUUCACCAGCUAAAGGGUAGCAGUUCCAGCAUUGGUGCAGCUCGUGUCAAAAAUCUGUGCGUUUUCUUUAGGGAUUGUUGUGAGGCCAAGAAUCUCGAAAAGUGCUAUAGAUGCUUGCAGGAAGUGCAACAAGAGUGUGUGUUGUUGAAAAACAAGCUUAAUACUCUGUUCAUGUUGCAGAAGCAGAUUGUGGCAGCUGGCGGGUCGAUCCCAGUCGAUUAAAGGUUAUUGUCACUUUCUCGAUCUGGAAAAGAAGAAAGUGGAAGGCCUUGAUAUCUGAUGUUUAUUUAGCAAAUCCGAGUGAGGUUUGAUAGCUUUUCUGGUGAUUUAUGAGUGAUUCUUGUAGUCAAAUAUUAGUCAAAAGGCUACUGCAACAUCCUUAAACGUUUACUUGUCAAAUUCAUCCUGAGAGGCUUGUUUUAGAAAUUUAGGUUAUUGUCAAUAACUAUAUGUACUUUGGUCGAGUUCACUUUGUAGUCAAAACGGUAUUCGAUUUCAUAGUAUGUUAUUGCUAUAUAUAUACAAGGUGAUAAUUCGGCGCAUUGCUGAAGGCCAGUGGAAUGAAA